CAUUUAAAUUCUUACAUAUGGAGGCUCUAGACACACUUUGUUGAAUUGGUUGAGUCUUGAUUCCGUUCCGUCUCAGGACGAGACGAUAGGACCGGAUCCGUUCUAUGACUUGGAGCAGCACGCUCUUCUGGGCGUGGCCAACAUAUCUCUGGAGUGUCUGAUACAUGAUAUAGAGUUUGUGUACUGAUGCACCUGUGGUGGCUCCUACUGGCAAGAUUUGUGGGAAAUUAAAAUUAUCUGUGAAAAGAGUUCCGACCCUACUGGACAGAGAAAUGGACGGAGAGGAAGUGGACGCCUACUCAUCCUGGUCCAUGAUGCAAUCUCAACCCAGCAUGAUGGACGAUUUAAUGGACAUUCGACACGGACAACCACUCUCAUGUCAGGUGACGGUCAUAGAAAGCAGUGGUCUACCGAAGGAAUACUGCCACUAUGUCUUCUGUCAAUACCAGUUCUGGGGCCAGGAGGAGCCGAUGAUCAUUCCUCCGCUACAAGGCAGCAUCAACAGCGAUCAGAAGAUAGUGGAUAAAGUCCAGUUCUCUCACUCUCAGACAUUCACUGUGGAGAUAACAGAGGACUUCCUCUCACACGUGGAGGAGGGGGUGCUGGGGGUCGAGGUUUGGGGCCAUCGCAGGAGUGGCUUCAUGGACCUCCCUAUGCCCCCCGGGGACCCGGAAAAUGAGGGGAAACGACAAAAAUCCUUCCCCGAAAAAUGGAGCGAGUUGACUCAGCGACUGGAGCUGUGGGUGGAGAUCAUGGAACUCAAUGAUCAGGGGGAGUAUAUUCCUGUGGAACAGCAGAGCAAGGCUGACGUCAUGACUGGAGGUGUAUUCAUGAUCAGACAAGGCCAGUCCCGGAGGAUCAAUGUGGCGGUUCAGCCGGUGGUUGGAGGACCUGGAGCUGACAGCAACCUCAUGAGGGCUCAGUCCAUAUCCUCCAUCGCCAUCGGCUCCUGCUACCUCAGGAACAGAUAUGAUGAGCACUGGACUCCUACCAGGAGCAGGACCUGGAGAGGAUGAGGACCAGAUGGAACGAGGCGGUUAUGAACCGACGCGACUACCUGGACACAGAGGUCCGUAAACUGAUGGAGAAGAAGGAGCCGUCGGUCACGGACCUUGAGAAACAGAACGAGCUCCUUGACCAGUGGGCUAUGCUGCAGUGGCAGAGACAGGCCGUCCUCCAGCCUAAACCAGGGAGUGGCAUCCCAGGAGCUCCGACCAACUGGAACCUGUCUCAGGGCAUGGAGAUGCGUGUCCCCGUUCUGUUCCUGGACAUGUCGGUACUAGAAGACGAUGAGUCAGCGUUGCCGUGCCCACCCACCACCUUGUUCGGGGAGAAGCCGGAGAGCAUGAUCGAUAUCCCCAUCAUCAAGAAAGAAGAAAAUGACCCGCGAGCGCCCCGAGCGACGGCCUCCUGGGACUCCACUGUACACGAUGCCCUCAGCCUCAACCGCGUCACCGGGUCCAACGACAGGGUCUACGCCACCCUCAGAGUGAAAGUGAAAGCUGUCUCAGCCGCCCAACGUCGCGAUCACCCUCAACAAACGUGUCUGUCUCUGCGUCUACAAGAAGAUUGGUUUCGGGGCCUCGCUUCUCAGGGCUUUCAAGACGAGGGAUGUCCGCACGGCAUGUGGUGUCAUGUACGAGUGUGUUCUGGGGAUCCCGAAGUCGGAGGGCAUGCAGGCUCCGCCCAAAAUCCCGGCAAACCCCUCGUUUGUGGAGCUAGACGAGGACGAAAAUGCCGUGGAGACGUUCAAGACUGCCAUGGCCAGCAUCGCCAGCAUUCUCACCCUCGACAAGCUCAAACAGGAGGUUGCACUGAAAGAGAAGCUGGCCAGUAUUGGUAGAACUCUGAGGAAGAGAUACAGCGUCCAGCAGAGGGCUGCAGUUCCUCGUGUCUCUUCAUCUGGUGGUAUGUAUGGAGGUAGUGAGUCGACAACGCCGGAGCCAGAGGAUCUACACACAUCGCCGCUACCGGGAGAGGGACUGAGGAUGCCCCCACUUAACGAGGAGGAAGCGACGACGGUGGGGGGAGGGGGGAGGAGGGGGCGGGAGUCAGAACUUGGGCCAGAAGCUAUGGUACUGGAUGAGGAGAGUGGAGAGACUUCGCAGCUCAUUCCCAUUCCAGAGGAGGGUGGUGUGGAACCAGGACAGGACGAUGACUCGGAACAGGUACACAACAACAGGAAUCGGAACAUGUUCAGAAUGGAAUGGAACUGGGACAGCCGGGCAGUGGAGGUGGAAGAGACGAGAACGGCUGGAGUCAACGAUCUACCGACUGCGUCCACGGCAACUGGUCCUGGAGUAGAAAUAGGAACGACUGAAGGACAAGGACAGACCCCUGCCGAGACUGAAGGACAAGGACAGACCCCUGCCGAGACUGAAACUGAAAACGAGCCGGCGGCUGAGGGGGAGGGGGAGGAGAAAGGGGUGGAGCCUGCUGCAGUGUUGAUGGAUAUUUUAGAGGUCCCGGAGAUCCAGAUUAGGGUGGAGGUGGAGGAGGAGGAGGGGGGAAGAGGAGGGGAAGACAGGUGAAAUGGAGAGCAGCACUUCAGAAAUGGCGACUGAAGAGACUCCCAGUACUAAGUCAAGUCCGAAGAGCACAAGAAGUGAAGACUCGACCGAGCUGGCCGUCUCCAACGCCAAGAGACGCAAGUCUGACGGGGAAGUUGGGGGGCCUGUCAAAAUCAAGCCCCCCAACGCAACCCCCUCGUCUCACAGCACCUCUUCCAGCCCCCUGAUCUCCAGAAAAUCUGACCCCGGGGGGCCAAAACGUGAACCCUCUCCGACCCCCAGCAGUGGAGACUCCGAGGCCUCCAGUAGCAUCAGCGUCGAAAAUUCGACCCCCAAAACCAACGAACCCACGUACAGAAUAGGAGAAAAGGUGAUGGUGGACGUAAACGGACUGUUUAGGAUGGGGUCUGUGAAAUAUGUUGGAGCAACUGAGUUUGCCGCUGGUGAUUGGGUGGGUGUGGCUUUCGAUCGUCCAUAUGGUAAGCACUCGGGAACAGUGAAGGGUGUGAAGUACUUCAAGUGCAAAGACAAACACGGUGUCUUCGUCAAGAAAGAAAAACUUAUUCAGAGUCCGUCGGUUACCGGGGCAACGUCAUCUCCGUCCCCUCGCUUCUCUCACGGGUCAAAGUCUGCUAGUCCGUCGGCACGGCGAAAACCGUCGACAAAUCCAAGUGCCGUUCGAUAACUCCUCUUUCUUCUCGUUCCUCCUCUUCUUCCUCGCGUCCCUCCUCUCUCUCCAAUCGGCCCAGUUUCGGUGGCAGUCGGAGAACUUAGCAGUCAAACAAAAGGGGUUAAACCUGAAAUUAUGUCAUCUGAUGGUACCCUCCCUGGUAUGUAAAUAAUUUGCUCAGCUGACAGUGUGUGUGAUGCCUGGCAACCACAUUUGUUUGUUUGUUUGUUUGUUUAUAUGUUUGUUUGUUCAAUUGUACAACUACACAGUUACUUUGUGGUGUGUUUAUGUUUUAUUACCAUUACUGAUCUUAUUAUUAGUGACAUUAUUAAUUUUGUUGACUUGUACAGUUUAUUAAUAGCUCAUCAUUCAGUUUGCUUCCACGGUUGUCGUGGAAACCCUGUUUAUUUAUUAUAGCUUGCUUUCAGAACGUAACAUUCUUUCUUUCUUGCUGUAUAUAUACUGCAUAAGAUUAAUUCCAAAAACAGAGAGGUGAUUAAAUGAUAAAAAAACGGGGAUAUCUGGUGUUUUAUAAAAUGGGGGAAAUGGAGUGAUAUCACGUGCGCAGCAAAUCAAACAAGGUCAAAGUUCGUAUGAGCGUUUCCUCUCCAACUGAAGAUAAAACAGUUCUCCGUCUCUACUGUAGUAACCUAGAGACAGGACGGGCUUGAACCACGCACUGUUGCUUGCCAGAAAGUUGGCUGCGGCUGUUUCGUUCAGCCCCCACUCCAUCCACGUUUCCAGUUCAACCGGUUUCUCUUCGAAAACGAGCGAGAAACGAGUGUCGUUUACGGGGUCAAAGUACAUGUCUAUGAACGUCGGGUAGAAGCUCUGGUUAGCCUGCGUUGAGAGAAGUGAAGAGAUAUCGUCGAGCGAGACGUUGUAGUAACUGCGCCAUCUUGCCGGCGGAAGGUUUUCAAUUGGAAUGUGUAGCGCGAAGCGGCGGUCGCGUACAUACACCGAGCUGACGUACAACUGGUCUUCGAGGUAGUAAAAUGAAUGAGAGAGAGCUUGUAGUUUUGUUUGGUGUGCGUCUCGAGAUGGUUCAAAUAUUCACUUUCGUUUUCCCGCAGGUAGUAGACGUGCUCUAGGUGGGGCGGUACCCUCUUCAGAAGCAAGUAGAAAGCUGGACGAACGACAUUUCGUCCUCGCGUUCUUGUGGUAAUGUGCCACAGGCUGAACCCUUCUCCUGCCUUCUUUUCAAGCAUUCUAGCGAGUGAUUUGUUGCCAACUUCCAGUUUACACUGCGAGUGAACGCGUGUGUCGUUUGUGAGUAUGAUAUCCACGUUGCUCCUCCGACCGCCGCCGUACGUGUUGCACCAUGUCGGACGGAAUCCGUCGGUCUCGUAUUCUUGCAGCUCCGUGGCGUUCUUCGACACGUCGAGGUGGUGGAGCAAUACGGUUGAGAAGUAGGAGAGUGGUCGAGGAGGGAGUGAAGGGACUACAACGGGAAGGCUGGUGUUUUUGUAGAGCUUGGUGUAAGUUGCGUUGAAACCUGAGAAACUGGUUUCUCCGUCAGCGGU